AUGGCUACUGAGUCAAUUGCGGCGGCUGUGCAAUUCACAACAACGCCAAGUGGUGGUAUCCGCGACAAAUGCCUCUACAUCCUCAAUGAUCCUCAAUGGUGUUUUCGUGAAUUUGAGGAUUUGCUAGGUAUCUUGUCCCGUUUGGUAUAUUAUAUGCAGAAUCUAAAUCAACGAAUUGAUUCUUAUACUAUUGUCCUUGACAGUUGGGUUGAGAAAGGGGAGCGAGGCUUGGGAAUGGCGAGACUUGAUCUCUUCUUGAUAAGCGAGAAAAGAGGACUUGUAGUUCUAAAACUUGAAAUUCCACUCAAAGUUGAACUUUCCCCCCCCAAGAUACAUAAUUAA